UUUAUUUUAUUACACAUAAAAAUAAGAAAUCAAAAUUUUAUUCAUAAAUUACUUACUGUUUAAUAAUAUAACUUUAUUGAAAUAAAUUAUAAAAUUCUAUUUAUUUAUAAAAACAACUAUAUAUUUUUUUUACUAAAACGGUAGUUAUGGCAAACGACACACCCGAAAGUGAUUUCUCAAUCGAAUGUUUCCAAAAUUACUCGGCCCCAGAAGUGUUCGUACAAGGCCUAGCCGGUAUGGUGGACCAGUCUGAUGUGGAGACUGUGAUUAGAGCUCAGAAAAACAUGUUACAGAGAUUUGAAAAAACUACGGAGAUGUUAACAAACUGUAACCAGUUGUCUGCCAGUCGUCUGAGAGCAGCCUCUGUAGAGUUCAAGAAACACACACAACUGCUUUUAGAGAUGAGGAAAGAUCUAAAUUUCAUAUUUAAGAAAAUUAGAGCUAUAAAAACUAAACUCAGCACCCAAUACCCAGAAGCGUAUAAAAUAGCAGUAGCCGCGGCAACUACAAAUAAAAAACCGGUAGAUGACGAUGAAGACUUCAAAGCUCUCAACACCAAACCGGAAUCCAAAAUGGUGGCCACAGUAUCUACUGAAACUUUAAAACCUACCACGAGUGAUGAUAGAAAGAAAAACAGGGACACUAAGUUUGAAAGUGAUAAAACUAAUAACAAUACAGGUGUCAGUGUGGAGAAUAUUGAAGCAGGGAAGAAGGUGAAGAGGAACAGCAGUUCUUCAGAGACGGAGAGCGCGAGCUCUAGUGAUGACAGCAGUACGGACACGGGCUGAGAACUAAUGAAUUAAACACGAAAUAUGAAUUAUCUGGAAUUGUCUUUGGGGCUGUCCAUUAAUCACGCGAUCUUUUUUUAACCAUAUCCCCCUUGGUGAUACGUGGUGUUUAAGCAUUUUUUAACCCCCCUUGGUGAUACGUGAUGAGGUUUAAAACUAAC